GAAAUAGGUCGGCAUACUACGCUGGUAUACGCGAAGUAAGGAAGGGUGUCGCGGCCCGGUUAUCUGGACACGUUUAUGGUUAUUAAGUUUGACAAUAAACAUCGGACGGUCCUGUAUGACUCGGAGUUAACGAUACGUCAACAUGGGUGGGUUGCUCAGCUAUUUCCGUAACCUGCUCGGCAGCCGCGAGAUGCGAAUCCUGAUCCUAGGCCUGGACGGCGCCGGCAAAACCACAAUUUUGUACAGGUUACAGGUAGGCGAAGUAGUAACCACAAUACCAACUAUAGGAUUCAAUGUAGAACAAGUUACUUACAAAAAUUUAAAGUUUCAAGUGUGGGAUCUAGGUGGUCAGACUAGUAUACGACCAUACUGGAGGUGUUACUACUCCAAUACAGACGCGAUAAUUUAUGUGGUAGAUUCGGCAGACAGAGAUAGAAUAGGCAUAUCAAAGGACGAAUUAAUUCUCAUGUUACAAGAAGAAGAGUUACAAGGUGCGAUCUUGGUGGUACUGGCGAAUAAACAGGAUAUGGCGGGAUGCCUCAGUGUCGCAGAAGUCCAUCAAGCGCUUGGACUGGACGCUCUCAAAAACCGAACCUUCCAAAUAUUUAAAACUUCCGCGACGAAGGGCGAAGGGCUUGAUCAAGCCAUGGACUGGUUGUCGAACGCGCUACAGAGUAGAAAAUGAUCAAUAUUAUGUCUAUGUUAUUUAUAUUCAAGCCUUACAAGGGGACUAGUCACACACGACUGUCGCUCUAAAUGUGCCGUCGAUUUGUCGCCGAGCACGCGAUGUUUUGUUUAUUUAUUGUAAUUAAUAUAUUUUAAAUAUUUUCUUUGCAAUUUUUUACAGCAAGGAAUAUUCGAAGAAUUACUGUACUUUUUCGUAAUGCUAAAAAACAAUGAUAGAUUAUUUUAUCUUUCUAUACAAUUUAAUAAACUUAAAGUAUUCUUUUAAACUUAGAAUUUUUUGCACUACAGAUAUCUCGUACGCUGCUAUGCGUAACGUUUAAUCAAUAAUUUAAUUUAAAUAAUUAUCUUACUAUUUAAUAUUCAUGAUAAAUGAAAUUGAUAUAGAAUUAUUUGUAAUGAGAACACAAGUAUAUUGCUAUCAAAUACAACUCGAUUACCAAACAAAAGAAUGAAUAUUCGAAAAAAGUUCAAAACAAAAAUUCAGACUUUAAACAUUUAGAUCAUAUUUAUACAUAACAUAGUCGUCUUAAUGUAUCUUAAAUUGUAAAAAAACUUUUCAAUAAUAUGAGUAAAACAAAUUAAAAGUGGAUAGGAUAUAAGCGCAACACAUCAUCCUAGCAUUUAUACAAAUUGUUACACAGUAUAAACAAAAUAAAAUUAAUUCUGUACCGUGAAAAAAUCACAUUGGUGCUAAAAGUGAUAAUCAUAUUCAAGUUUCACCUUGAGUUAAAUUCUAGUUGAACUGAGAUCAUUUUUACCACCUGACAACAAUAUUAUAUUAAAUAGUAAAUCACGAUUUAUACUUUUUAAUACUUUCCAAUAUGCAUUUAUAUUUACUGAAUAAUCUACUGAGUUUCAAUAUUUUAUAAUAAAAAAAAAUAUAGAUACUAUUUCGUAAUAGUUAAACUCACUAUGUGUAAAUAAUAACAAUUUUGCUGUUUGUAGUAGAUAAUAAUAGCUUUUAUAAAAUGAACCUACCAAUGCGA